AUAUGACUGACAGCUGGAAACCAAACAUUCGUGUCUGAAACCCGCUUGCUCCUCCCUUAUGGGGCCCUCGGUGGCCAAUAGCGUGGCUCUCCUGCCGAUAGACCCCAGUGUGUCUCCUUCCAGCUCCAGUCCCCGCAGAGUAAAAGUCACGUUGGGAGGAAAAGGGGAGAGAGAUAUCUACUUACAGCUGCUGUCAGAUAUCCGAUCGCAUUCGCAUGGCGAGGGGGUAACCUGAUCGAGCUGGGAGGAGUGACUUUACCAGGGAAGGCUUGAACAAAAAAAUGUCUUCUUCUUCUGCCGGAGAAGUCACAACAGUAACUGACAUCAAGAGGGAAAAUGUGAAGGAGGUGGAUACGCGGGAGUGCAUCAAGCUUGUGGCGCUGGACGCGGCGGAGUUGUCCAUGGAGCACACGACUCCCAGCACGGACGCGGUGCGCACGGAGCUGUUGGUGAGCGCCGCUUCGUCUCUGGCUUUCUCCCCGGAGCAAGUGGCGUGUGUCUGCGAGGCUUUGCAGCAGGGGGGCAAUGUGGACCGGCUCGCCAGGUUCCUGUGGUCCCUGCCACAGAGUGACCUGCUACGCGGCAACGAAAGCAUCCUGAAAGCCCAAGCCCUCGUUGCUUUCCACCAGGCUCGGUAUCAGGAGCUGUACAGUAUUUUGGAGAACCACAGUUUCAGUCCGUCCAACCACACCUUUCUGCAAGAUCUGUGGUACAAAGCCCGGUACACCGAGGCGGAGAAGGCGCGGGGGAGACCCCUGGGCGCCGUGGACAAGUACCGAAUCCGGAGAAAGUACCCUCUCCCCAGGACUAUCUGGGACGGCGAGGAGACUGUGUAUUGUUUCAAGGAAAGGUCCCGAAACGCGCUGAAGGAUCUGUAUACUCAGAAUAGGUACCCCUCUCCUGCCGAGAAGAGAAACCUCGCCAAGAUUACAGGACUCUCCUUGACCCAGGUCAGCAACUGGUUCAAAAACAGGAGGCAGAGAGACAGAAACCCGUCCGAGGCACAAUCAAAAAGUGAAUCUGAUGGUAACCACAGCACAGAGGAUGAGUCCAGCAAAGGCCAGGAGGAGUUGUCUCCCCGGCCCCUCUCUAACUCCUCAGAUGGGGUGAUCACCCAUGGGACCCUUCCCAUUCAAACAGGGCCUCUGGACAGUGGGGUGGUCAUCCAACAGAUCGGGGACAUCAAGCUGCCCCCUGGAUCCAGCGGUGACAGUCUCUACAACGGAAGUCUAGUGACCAGUAACCACUCCCCCACCGUGUUUCACAAUGGUGGGUCGUCUUACCUCCACACACCUGGAAACAUCCUCUUCAACGGGCUCAAUUUGGGCAUCCAGCCCUUGGCCUUCAAUCCUCUGAGGCCGUCUGGAGGGGUGCUGCUGGGGGGCUCUGGACUGGACAUGCAGAUGCAGACAGGUCAGGAGAAGGGACUGGGCAGUUCUGCUGAGGACUCUGCCCUGCAGUAUGCCUCCUACUCAGGCUGUGUGAACGGAGCAGAGGUGAAGCUGGAGGGGGUUCACACCAUGGCUGGCCAGAAUGGAGGCUCCUCUGUGCUCACGUUCAGCUCCUCAUCAGGUGCGCUGCAGCUGGGUGGCUACAGUCUGGUCCAGGUACCAAGUGGAGUCUCUGGCAGCGAUGGCAGCUCAUUACUCAACAGCGACGUAGGUCUUCCUCCACUGCAGCUGUCUUCUGCCUCAUCUUCCUCAACAAUCACACAACAAGGUACCAUGCCUCUGAACAAUGUAGCAGUGAGUUCCUCCAGUGACGACUCGUUCCAGCAGCAGGACAAGCUGACCAUGACGUCCCUGCACCACAGCACAGUCCUCUACAACAUGAGUAACGCCGGCCAGCCAUCCAUCAAGAAGGAGCCUCCGGAGGGAGGUGUCUACUCCUCGUACCACCACGGGAUCCACCUCGACCCUAGCGGUCAGCUCAGCUACGCCGCCCCCAACUCAGAAGAGGUUCCUUCCAGCCAAGGUCCCGUCUCGACCACCGAGGUCCCCGCCGUCAGCUCGUCCACCACCGAGCCAGAGGUGUACACCACCCUCACCGUCAGCACGCCCCUGAUGGCCCAAACGGACCCCAGCAGCCACCACCUCCAGCCCACAGAGUAUCUCGGGGGCCACGAGGUUCGGGGGUCCUCACACCUGAUGGGCCCUGGCAUGAACAGCAACUACAUGAACCUUUCAGAGAACAAGGUGGCUGGCUCGGGCUCGGGAGGCGUGAAUGAGAUGGUGCGGGCAAUGUGUGGGGAGAUGGAGGCCGUGGAGGGGAAGGAGUUAGCCAAACUACAGACAGUGCAGAUGGAGGAGGACAUGGCUGACCUUUAACCUCAAACCUCUCUCCUCGCAGAAGCACUCAUGUCCGCCCCAAGCAGCGAUAUGGUGAAUCUUUUUACUUUUGUGUGUGUGUGUGUGUGUGUGUGUAUGUGUGUGUGUGCUUUUUUUUUUACCAUCCAUUUCCUUUAAAUGUUAAAUUAUUUGUGUUCAUUUGACUUUUACAAUGCACUCUAGUCAGAGAGGAGCCCUGUGGGUGGGCAUUAUCAGUUUAUCAUAAAAAUAAAAAAAGUCUACAACAUGUUUUAAGAGCCCCGUUCAUAAGAAGGAACAUUACGACUGUUAUGUGCUCACAGAAGAAGUUGCUGUAUGUGAUUGAGCCGUGUUUAAAUGUGCAUUUUUAUAGACAACACCUGCUACUUCCUGUUGAGUGGAUUUGAUCCGCAGAAGCAGGUGCUGGAAUUCCUGGAGUCAUGUGACCAGGAUGUUCCUCCAAACUAAAUGCGUCAUCUGGGUCAAACCAAAAAGGUCAUUCAGUAGGGGGAAGAGGGAGAGAGCCUCUGUGAAAAUGGUUGGUUGAAGAGCGACAGCUUUACUAAAGGACUGCACAUACAUUCAGAGAAUAGGCCUUUAAACACACAAAGCUGCUGAUUUAGGAAAAAGUGUCCUUCAGUAAUCAUCUUAAAUCCUCUGAAUGCCUCUCAAGUCACUGCUUUUGUGCUUUAUAUCAUACCAAAUGAACUAGGAGUGUUGAAUAAGCGACUAGAGUUAAGACGAAUGUGCCUUUCUGCUACUUAAAAUACACAAUGGCAUCGGUCUGUUUUGGUAUUUGCACUACCAUAAUGACAUUACAACGCGCACGUUUCAAACAGCCUUCAUGUUGGAGGGUUUCUCAUGUGUGACACACCUCAACAAAUGCACACGAUUUCAGCAAUGACUCAUAUUUCAAGCCUCAUCACCAACCUGUGAGUCCAAGAUAUGAACGAUGAUCAAAAGGUCACGCUGUCGGGUUCACAUGUUCAUCAUACGUUGUUUAUAAUGCUGCAACUCAUAGUACGUUAACUAGAUGUGAAGAUCCUAUACUAUAUCCUGUUUCAUUUUGAUGUGUCUCUCCAAAUGUCAGUAAUCAUGAAUGAUAUUUUUCUAUAAAGGGCUUGUAAUAAUUUCUCUUUGCAUGGCAUCAUAAUGUUUUGAACACUAGUGCCUUUUGCUUUUGUUUUGUGAAUAACACUGAAGCUCAGUCGUAGCUCUUGUGUUGGUGUGCAGGCAGUGACAUCGCAGCUUCAGAGAUUUACCGCCACUGUCACUGGCACAUUUGUUGGGUGUCAGUUGAGGGAAAGACAAGAGAAUGUGGAGCCCAUUUGUCAAGUGUGUCCGGUGCUUUUCACAACAGGAGCCUAAUUCCUCGCUGUCAUACAUGACCAUAAUAGCACAUUUCAGCCUCACAGCCAACUCACACCAUGCACAUCUAUCAGUGCAUCACACGUCUUCAUACAAGUGGACUAGUAGUACUUUUCCUUAUCAGGAUUUAUGACAUAAUCCCAUCAAUUUGAAUGGACAUUUCAGUGGAAGUAUUCUCAGUGCUUUAAUGUCACAUACCAAAAAAUGAGUCGUGGGCAAAUAGUAAAACUGAUGGUCUUUUGUUUUUUUAAUCUUAGUUUGAAUUAUAUGUUUGUUAUCUGAAAUUAUGUGAAUGUAUUUUUCUAAAUCUCCAUACUGCAAUAAAAGUUUAUAUUUAUAAAAACAUAAAA